AUGUGACAAUGAGACGCUGAGAGAGUGAAGCAGUGAAAUAAAUAAAUAAAUAAACAUGGCGAUGUCUGAUGGUAAUGUGUACGAUUCGGCCUUCAAAGGAGACUUUGAACAUGUCAGGAUAAACCUGGAGAAAGAUCCUUCGUGGGUUUCUAAACAAGACAGUAACGAAAGACUGUUACUUCAUUGGGCUGCUGUAGGAGGACAUUUACCCAUUGUCAGCUUGUUGCUAGAAAAAGAUGCUGCAGUAAACCAAGCAGAUGACUUUGGUGGAACGCCUUUGAUACUAGCUGCAUCUGCUGGCAGAGAAGAAGUCGUCAAACUAUUGCUGAAACACAAUGCUAAUGUAAACGCAAAGAACCAGCCCGGCCAUUCGCCUCUACAGUUAGCAGCAUCCAAAGGAUGGAAAGGUAUUAUUCAAUCACUCUUGGACGCUGGGGCCGAUGUAAAUGCAAAGGACCACAGGGGCGCCACUGCGCUCCACAGAGCUGCGUCACUGGGCCAAACAGCCAUCGUGAAUGUCUUGCUUGCAACACCAGGCAUCGCCAUCUCCCCAGUAGAUGCAGAUGGAAACACUCCCUUACACCUUGCAUGUGAGGAGGACCGGCGUGAAGUAGCCACUGAGCUUGUUCAGCGUGGUGCUUCUUUGACCAUGAAAAACAAAGAAGAGAAAACGCCAAUCGACAUAGCUUCGUCAGGACUUGUUCGACAACUCCGAGAGUGUUCCGAGCAGUAGGUGUAACGCAUUGGACUUCUGCGAGUUUACAAAUUCUCAACCAUCACAGAAGUGCAUCAGACUGUCAAAUGUAUUUAAUGGCUGCAAUUAAUGAAAGCGACUGCUUGAUUUUA